AUGGGAGAAAUAAUAAACGUUUUCGUUGGAUAAUACGGAGUACAAUCAGGAUAGGAAUAUUGGAAAUAAAUUUGUUUAGAACACAAUAUUAAUUCUUAUGGAUAAAAAUUAACUUAGUAAUAAGAUGAUAAUGAAAAUGUAACUUGCUUUUUUAGUGAAUCAGAGAAAUAAAAAUAUGUUCCUCGAUGUGUGUUUUUGGAUUUAGAUGCAACUCCUAUUGAUGAAAUAAGGAAAAAAAGUAGCAGCUUUUUUAGAAAAGAUUGCUUAAUAUCUGGUAAAGAAGAUUGUGGAAGCAAUUGUGUUAGAGGGAAAUAUACACUCGGAAAAGAAAUAUGCGAUAUUGCUCUUGACUAGAUAAGAUUAGAGGCAAAUAAAUGCGAAAAUUUAUAAGGUUUUAUAAUUCACAGAUCUCUUAAUGGAGGGACUGGUAAUGGUGUUGGUAACUUAAUUUGUGAUAGGCUCUCAAGAGAUUAUAAUAAAAAAGUUAAAAUAAAUUCAUUGCUCUUUCCAUCUAAUAAUAUUGCAAAUGAAGUUGUUGAACCCUUUAAUUUUGUCCUUGGCAUGUAUGAUAUUUUAGAACACUAAGAGAUGAGCUUAUCAUUUUAAAAUGAACAAAUUUACAAAUUUGCAGAUAAUUAUUUAGAUAUUGAGUAACUCGAUUACUAAAAUAUUAACUAAUUAACCAGCAUUAUAAACUCUUCACUUACACAUUCAAUGCGUUUUAAAGGCGACUUAAACUAUAAUAUGGCAAAUUUAGUAACUAAUUUAGUUUGUUAUCCAAGAAUUAAUAACACCAUACCCUCUUAUUGUUCUUCUAAUUUUAAUUUCAUCAAAGAAAAAUGUGGUUAACCUACAGUAAAUAUGUUAUGUUCUAGUUUAUUUAACAAAUAAAACUUUUUUGUUGAUUGUAAUCCAUAACAAGGUAAGUAUUUAUCUUGUUGUUUAACUGCAAGAGGAGAUAUAUAUCCUAGAUAAAUUAGUGAAUCUAUAAAAAUAAUCAAAUCUAAACAAUCAAUUGAUUUUGUUGAUUUCAUUCCUACUGGUAUUAAAGUUGGAGUAUGCUAAAAGUAGCCUAAAAAUUUACUACAUAAAGAAUAUGAAUCUAAAUUUCAAAGGGAUGCUAUUUUAUUAGCCAAUAAUACUUCAAUUAAUUCUAUAUUUUAAAUUAUGGCUUAAAAAUUUAAUAAAAUGUAUGAUAAAAGAGCAUUUGUUCAUUGGUAUGUGGGUGAAGGAAUGGAAUCAGAUGAAUUUGCAUGCGCGAGAGAGAAUUUAUUGGCUAUAAUUAAGGAUUAUGAAGAAGUCUCUACUGAAACGAAUGAAAAUUUCCUAGAAGAGGAUGAUGAUAUUAUAGAAAUAUGA